AAAAAAGGGAAAAUUGCGAUUCUAGCGGAUGACUUUCUUCGAAAGCCGCCGGUGUGGCGUACCUCAGCUUCAACCAAUUCUAAGUAGCCCAAUUCUAAUUUGCAGAAUUCAAUGAGCACCAUCUUCUUCUUCGGGUGAUACCUGUUAAGUAAUUAAGGCUUAGCAGAUAAUGCCUGGCCCGGGACCUCACCUCAUGUACGCCAUGGGCACCGGUCUAGCACUCACUACUUUGACCGACGGCCGCUUCACCCCCCAUCACACCCUCACCUACACCAUCAAUGCCUUUUUUGGUCCUGAUAUUGGCUCUUUCUCCGAAUGGCUCGGCUCUAACCUUGGUUCAUUUGCUCAGCCUUUCGGCUCUGCGCUAGCUGACUAUAUCCACGACCCCUUCUACUAUGUCUUCAUUCUGGGCUUUCCCUUGUGUGUUUUAUACUCUUGGGUCUCAAGAAUUUUGCUUCAAAGGAAGAUUCUUGAUUCAGUCUCUGGGGUGCCCCUUUCGAGGAGGCAGUGCUUAUUUCUGGUGGCUGCCGGGUGUUUAUCACACUUUUUCCUAGAUCAUUUGUUUGAGGAAAAUGGACAUUCAUCAGUGUAUACCUGGAUAUUGAGCACUGGUUGGUGGAAAAAUCGAGCACCCAUCAAUCCAGAUUCAGUUUUUGUGGUUGGCUUCCUAUGCAGUUGCUUAAUUGGAGGCUUUAUUUACAUCAACAGGGUAAAAUCCAUAAAGUUCUCUAGAAAGGAAUCACACCUAUCAUUAAAACUUAUUAUUAUCAUAGCAAGCCUCUAUUGCUUGUGGUGUGCGACCCAAAUAUACUGGGUGAAUCCUCGUAGGCCUGCAGUUGGUGAAGAGGCUGAUCUUGGAGUGCUUGUAUUUCUUGCUACUUACUUCUUUCUUCCUCAUUGUCUUUGCGUUAUUUCUGUGAAUCCUAAAGAUCAUGACAUGCAGCAACUUCCACUAUAAACACAAACAUAAUCACAUAGGUAACUUGGAAGAAAGUCAAGUGUUGCAAUUUCUGUUCCCUGCAUGCUAUCUUGUAUGCUAGAAUUCAUCUCUCUUCAUUAUUAGGUAUCUUAUUUACUAAAUAUGCAUAAUUGGUUCAUUUGGCACAUUCAUAAGCUGCUGUUUUCCUUUUUGUUUUUCUCCUGAUGCACCUUUGAAAGCAUAAAUAACAUUUGAGAGUCAUCCAAUCCAGUGCCAUUGUGAUGGAGCAUCAAACAGUGCCCCUCAGCGGGAUGCAAUCUUUGUUUUGAUAAUUUUUAUCGUCUGCGGAUAAGUGGAAAAUCUCCUUGGCUACGUUUGGAAAGAACAUGAUUCAAAGAUGUAUUGUAAUUGCAAUUACUUAAAAUUUAUUAUAGUGCAUUGCCAAUUAGAUCAUGUAAUCUCUGUUGCUUUGAAUAAUUUAUUUUAUGAUCAUAAUUAUUUUGUA